UUAUAACAAAUAUUAUGUAAUUAUUACAGAAAUGUUUCUCAAAAAAGUGGGACCGUAUCAGUUUUUCGUGCUGUUGAUUUUUCUCAUCACGUAUUUACUCAAUCAACUGGACCGGUACAUGCUCCCAAUCACAGUUAAACCAAUGGCACAAGAACUACAUUUUGGUGACAAAGGAUGUAUGAUCAUGACUAAUUAUACCGAGAGUGACCUCGGUAAAGUUAAAUGUGACGCUCUUCAACAGGAAAAAUGUGAGAGCACUACUGUCGGCAAUGGCACGAUGGCACACGCUGUUUGUAAAUGGGAUUAUAAUGGACAAGGUUUUGCAUAUCAGAUUGUUGCAGGGCCAGUAUUUGUGGUUGUGUAUACUUUUGCAGGGAUUUUCAUCAGUUUUGCUGCGGACAAAUAUAAUCGUAAAGUUUUGUCUUGGCUUGAAGCGGGUUGUACUCCAUUUGUGGCAUCGAUGCUGACAGAUAUAUACCCAUCUGAGUUACGAGGCACCGCCCUCGGGAUAUAUAACUGGGGUAUAUAUUUAGGAUACAGUAUGUCAUAUGCUCUCGGGAAUCUCAUUACUGCGGCUAAUAUAAAUGGACAGGGUUGGCGAUGGUCUUUUUUCAUCUCUGGGAUACCUGGUAUUGUCAUUGGUAUUCUCAUCAUGAUUGUAGUAAAGGAACCGGAACGUAAAAGUGCUUCUAAAGAGGCUCAGGAAGCAGACGUCAAAGGGAACGAGCCUUUAACACAGAAUGACACCUUCUGUACAAAACUUGGACGCAUCUUGAAACCAUUCAUGGCACCAUCAUUAAUAUUAGCAAUUUUGGCAGGUUCUGUUAGAAAUGCGGCUGGCUAUGUAUUUGCUUACAAUACUCAGCCUUAUUUUACUAGUAUCGGAGAAAGUAAAGAAGAUAUUGCUAAAUACAUGGGCUGGAUUCCUAUUGUGGGCGGGACUUUGAGUGUAGCUGUAGGCGGUUUUAUCUCAGACUGGGUAGUUAAGGGGAGGGGCAUAUAUGCACGAGUAGCUGUCAUCAUUGCUAGUCUAAUUUUAGCAGCACCAUUUGCAGCUGGGACGUUAUUUUUCAGUCCACCUUGGGCUUAUAUCUGUCAAAUACCUACAUAUUUAUUUGGUGAAAUGUGGAUAGGGAUAACACUGGCUAUAGUGGUGGAAUUAAUGCCUAGCUCAGUUCGUACCUCGGCAGUUGCGGUUUAUCUGUUCAUUAUUAGUAACAUUGGUGGAAAUAUGCCAUUACUGGUGCCGCCAAUACAAGAUGGAUUUGAGAACGAUGGUUUAACUAAGUCACAGUCAUUGAGAGGAGCUUUAUAUAUCUUGUAUCCUGGCUUGUAUGUUCUUGGUGCUGUCCUAUUUAUACCAGCAAUGUUCUUGUUGAAAAGGGACCAAGAGAGAGCUAGACAGUUAGAAUACCUCAAUAUGCAGGAACCCAGCAAAUAAAGAACAAUUAUGUUGGAAUACCUCAAUAUGCAGGAACCCAACAAAUAAAGAACACUUAGAUAUUAUGUGGUUAUUUUACAUUGUUAAGUACAAUAUUGAAUUCUAUUGGACGAGUACACAGUAGUGAAACCUAUAUUGGACUAGGGGCUAGCCAAGUGUGAUAUAGGUUUUGUAACUGCAUAUGAGUCCAAUAUAAUCAGUAUUGUUCUCAACAAUGUACCGGUAUAGCGUUUUCUUUAUUUUGCUAUUUUUGACAUUUUGAUAGAACUUUGUAAAUUCAAUAACAGUAAGGAGUUGAUAUGGGUUUUUGAACAAUAAAAAGUAAAAUGAGGCUCGA